AUGGAGGGUGAAAACAAUGACGAAUCUAGUCAGGAAGUAUCAGAGCAAGUUGUCGAGGAGACUGUAGUCGAAGAAACAGUAGUUGAGCAGGCGAGAACUGAGCAAGAGCCGGAAAAAAUGGAUACUGCGGAAGAAAUCGUCCAAGAAACGGUGGAGGAAACUUCGGCUGCUGCGGAAGAGACCGUGGAAGAAACGGUAGAGGAAACAGUCGAAGAAACCGUCGAAGAAACCGUUGAGGAAACGGUGGAGGAGACUGUUCACGAGGAAACAGUGGAAGCGGAGGAAGCAAUGACAAACGAGGAAACCGUGGAGGAAACUGUUGAAGAGACCGUCCACGAAGAAGUUGUUGAAGAUUCCAAUGAUGCUAUUCCAGAGCCGAUGGACGACGCAGCAGACCAAAUCGUCGAGGGCGGCUACGAAGAAGUCGUUAACGAAGAGACCGUCGAGAAUGCUGAAGCUGAGGAUUCGAACUCUCAGGACGCUAAUUCCGCCGACCAGAUCAAUCUUGAAAACGAUGUGAUGGAAUCAACAACGAGCGUUCCUGUCGACAACGCGGACGACUCUGAUUCCGACGACGAUCAGGCGGAUGAUGACAACAAGCUAAACAAAGUAACCGAUUCGGAUUCAGACUCUGACAACGACGAGGGGCCAAAAGAAACCAUCGCAUCAGAUGAUGAAGAAGCUCCAGAGCGGCAAUACGGAAAGACUGGUCUAGAAUCGUCGGAUGAAGAAGAUGAGGGCGAAACCUCGAAGCCAGCACCUACCGGGCUAGAAUCGGACUCAGACGACGAAGGUCCAGUCGAUAGAACACCAGCGCCAGAGAAAGCUCCCCCAGCUCCAGCUGCUGAUUCUUCAGAUGACGAUAUCGGCCCGGUUGAUUCUGGCCCCGUCGUUUCUGACUUCGAUCUGAUGAUGCAAAAGAGAAAAGAGGAAAAUCGCAUGAAGCGAAUGAAAAACAAGAAGAACGAGGGCGCGUUUAUUUCGGAUGUUGAUGACUCGAUCAACUCGAUGAUGAAUCGAAUGAAAGAAGCUGCUGAUGCUGAUAAAGAGGCAAAUAUCAACCGCCGCCCAGGAUUCCGCAAAAUGAAGAUGCUGAAAGAAGUGGUCAAAAACAUCUCAAAAAGCGACUUGAACGAGGUUCUCAUCGAACACGGAAUCAUGAGUGCCCUUGCUGACUGGAUCUCUCCGCUUCCUGACAAGUCACUGCCAUCGUUGACGAUUCGAACCGAGCUUCUCAAAGUCCUCAAGAGGAACUUCUUACAUGUUUCCGCCGAGACUCUCAAAUUGUCUGGAAUCGGUAAGGCGAUCAUGCUGCUUUACAAGCAUCCAAAAGAGCUCCGAGAAAACAAGCAAAUCUGCCGAGAGCUGGUUGCAAAAUGGUCGCGCCCGAUUUUCGGCCUCAACGACAACUUUACAUCGAUAUCGCGCGAAGCUCGAGAACAGCGGGAUUUUGAACUUUUGCCAAAAACCAAAAAGAAGCGGCUGAAGGAAUCGACCGAGGGCAAAGAUGAGAGUCAGAUGGAAGAAGCUGCCGAUGAGGAAGCCCUGAAACCAGGAAGAAAAGGUUUUAUCAAUCGAGCUCGAGUUCCAGCGCCGAGUAAUCAAGAAUACGUCGUUAGACCCAAGUGGAAUGUCGACGAUGACGAUUCGGGCGACGAUGACAACCCUCGUCCAAAGAAAAAGCGAAGAAAUGUGCCACACAAGAAAUCUGCCGCUGAGGAUCGUCUAGAUCGACAGCUCAAGCGACAAAUGGACGCAAAACGAAGCAAAAAGAUCGCGCAGGGCGCAAAAGUCAAUCUCCAGAAAAUUUCCCUCUGA